AUGCCCACCAAGACUACGACAGGGAGCUGGUCACUCAAAUCACUGGUCGGAAGGUCUCCAUUACCAUCUUCCCAAGAUGGUCGCCACAUCUCCAUUCGACUAGGUGGCGCCACAUCGCUCCGUGAUGAGCGCCGCCGCGGGAAACCCUACAUCUCGAACGCCAUUAAGACAUCGAAGUACAACGUCAUUGACUUCCUACCACGUCAACUUCUGUACCAGUUUACGAGACUUGCCAACGCGUACAUGUUGAUCAUCUCCAUUCUGCAGAUGAUCCCUGGAUUCAGUACCACUGGCAAAUUCACCACUCUGAUUCCCCUGGUUAUUUUCCUACUCCUUAUCAUCUCAAAAGAAGGGUACUACGAUUGGAAGAGACAUCGACAAGAUGUGGCCGAGAACAACCGGAAGGCAGUGGUCCUCCGCAGCGCUGCAUCCGGUGCCAAGGGGUCGAUGCCUCUUGACCCACAGUACUAUCGCGGAUCGAACGCAACGGGGUUUCAAUGGAUGCAAACAACAUGGAAAGAUGUCAAGGUCGGCGACAUCGUUACUCUAUCGAGGGAUGACGAUGUCCCGGCUGAUCUGGUUCUUCUCCACGCCGACGGAGAGAACGGAUUCGCCUACGUUGAUACGAUGGCUCUCGACGGAGAAACCAACUUGAAGACCAAGCAACGACCCAUGAACCUUCCCGAUUGCAGCACCAUUGAGCACAUUGCAGCGUGCCAAGCCGACCUCAUUUCUGAGGACCCCAACGCCGACCUUUACCGUUUCGAUAGCAGGCUUACGGCGGACGGCGUCACACGCCCUUUAACGAUAAACGAGGUUAUCUACCGCGGCAGUACGAUUCGAAACACUCCUCAGGCUGUAGGAGUCGUCGUCAACACCGGGGAAGAAUGCAAGAUAAGAAUGAAUGCGAACCAGGAGAAUAAACCCAAGCGCCCCGCUCUCGAACGCAUGACGAACAAGAUCGUGCUCUUCCUCAUGAUGUAUGUUCUUGUCAGUUCAGCCGCUGCCACAGUCGCCUAUGUCAUCUGGAAGGACAAGCAAGAGCGUUUCGCCUGGUACUUGGAGAACACGACGAUCCCUUUCGCAGACAUCUUUGUCGGCUUCAUCAUCAUGUUCAACAACGUCAUUCCACUAUCCCUGUAUGUGGGCCUCGAAGCCAUCAAGCUGGGCCAGAUGACUCUUAUUAGCAACGACGUGGAGAUGUACCACAAGGAGACUGAUACUCCUGCUGGAGUCAACAACACCAACAACCUGGAUGAUCUUGGACAGAUCAGCUACGUCUUCAGCGACAAGACCGGAACAUUAACGGAAAACAUCAUGAAACUUCGCCGAAUCAACGUUGCCGGCACGAGUUGGUUACAUAGGAUGGACAUGCCGGAAGAGCCGACAGAUCAACCCACCGCGGGAUCAGGACUCAGAACCGAGGAUAUGCUUGACUACAUCCGGUCCCGGCCAAACUCCCCCUUUUCUGUCAAGGCAGUGCGUUACCUGCUUGCAAUGGCUCUGUGUCAUACAUGUCUGCCCGAGCGAGACGAGAGCGGCGAGGUGGAUUUCCAGGCAUCGUCUCCCGAUGAGCUUGCCCUGCUCAGAGGAGCUCGAGACAUGGGCUUUGUGGUUGUCCAACGGUCGUCUCAGUCCGUUACUGUGCAGAUGCCCCACGUCGACGGGUCCUCCUCUCAGACAGUCUUCGAGAUUCUGGACGUCAUCGAGUUCAGCAGCAAGCGAAAGCGAAUGUCGAUCGUUGUUCGUUGUCCUGACGGAAGACUGUGGCUUAUCUGCAAGGGUGCUGAUACAAUUCUUCUUCCUCGUCUUCGGGCCGCCCCGGCGGACAUGAAGGGCGUUCGUAACAGUACGGCGGAUGGUUUCAAGGGUGCUCGAACUGUCUCGUCCCGCUGGAGCACUCAUCAACCCCGUUAUGUCGGAGAGAACAUCGUCGAAAUUGGAGACUCGGAUGAUCGCUCCGUUUACAGUCAGCCUUCGGCCAACAACGGAAGUUCUUGGAUUCACCUUCAGCCCCAGCCUCCGCGAAAAGCGCAUGCUGCCUCGACAGAUCACUCACGGUUCGGAUUCCUGGAGCGCCCCGAGAUCUCGGAUGACGUGGAUAAUGUCCGCCAAUGCUUUGCGCGGAUCGACGAUUAUGCCACCGAGGGCUUGCGAACGCUCGUCUAUGCCGACAGAUUCCUAGGCCCAGACGAGUAUCGCGAAUGGAAACAGCUGUACCACAAAGCCGAGACCACCUUGGAUAACCGCCAGCAAAAGAUCGAGGAAGUAAGCGACUUGUUGGAGCAAUCUUUUGACCUACUCGGCGCAUCUGCCGUCGAGGACAAGUUGCAGAAGGGGGUUCCAGAAACCAUCGAGAAGCUGCGGCAAGCAAGGAUCAAGAUUUGGAUGCUCACAGGAGACAAGCGUGAGACCGCGAUCAACAUCGCGCACUCUACGCGGAUCUGUGGCCCUGAGACAUCGCUUUUCGUUCUCGAUGUGACUGAAGGAGAUCUGGAACUGCAACUAACCAGCGUUGCGGAUGCAGUCAAGUAUCGUCUUGGACCUGUGUAUCCCGACCCGUCCCGCUCGCACGCUGCUGUGGUCAUCGAUGGCAAGACGCUUACCUCAAUCGAAGAUCCAUCUGCAGUGAGACUUCGGAGCCUGUUCGUCUCCCUCAUGACAGAGGUCGACUCAGUCAUCUGCUGCCGCGCCUCACCAGCCCAGAAGGCCCUCUUGGUCAACAUCAUUCGCCAGGGUCCUCCAAGUGAAUCCUCUGGAAUGUUCUCCUGGCUCAGACCUGGUCCCAAGAAGCCCAUCACCCUCGCAAUUGGCGACGGCGCCAACGAUCUGGCCAUGAUCUCCGCAGCCAACGUCGGGGUUGGCAUCGCCGGUCGCGAGGGGCAGCAGGCGGCUCGGGUUGCCGACUUCAGCAUCUCCCAGUUCCAAUAUCUCUCCAAGCUCGUGCUCGUCCACGGCAGAUGGAACUACUACCGGACGACGCGGUUCAUUCUUGCGACGUUUUGGAAAGAGACAUUCAUUUACUUCCCCCAGGCACUGUUUCAGGAGCAGACGGGCGCGACUGGAACCAGUCUCUACGAGCCAGGGAGUCUCACAUUCGUCAGUUUCUUCACGGCGGCGUGCAUUGUCAUCAUCGGGACAUGGGAACAGGACCUGAAGUCGCGGACUCUGACAGUAGUCCCCGAGCUGUUUAGGUAUGGCCAGAAUGCCGAGGGUCUGAACAUGGCUGUAUAUCUUGGAUGGGUUGGCAAUGCGCUGAUCGCUGGCAUCGUUGUUUAUGCCGGAUGCUGGGGCGGGUAUGCUGACUCUGAAAUGAUUGAUGACGAUGGGCUCUAUGCACAAGGCUUCUUGACGUUCGUUGCAUGCGUCAUUUGGAUUAACAUCAAGCUCUUGGUUGUCGAGUUGCAUCACAAGACCAAAUUGGCCUUCUGGUCCGCUCUUGGCAGCGUUGCUGCCAUCUGGAUUUACGGACUGAUCACAGCGAUGGUAGCAAGCCCCAGUUCGGGUCCUUACUCUGUCAAGGGCGGGUUGAUCGGAGGCUUUGGCAAAGAUCCCGCGUGGUGGUGCACCUUGAUCUUGGUGGUUGGCUUUUUGAGUCUGAUGGAGAUGGGCUCCAAGGCUCUCAAGCAAAGUCAUGUCUUGCGGGCGUGGCUGUCACGAUGCUGGUCAUCUGAGAGUAAGACUGACCGUCGGGGUGGUGGAGUACGUGAAGGCUUCAAAGACUGGGAGCCUCGACUCUGGCAAGAAAUGGAAAAGGAUUCGGGAGUGGAUAGCGUGUUGGCUGUGUUGCGCAGGGAAGAGUUGGUUGGAUAG